ACGAGGAGAAGAAGAGGAAGAAGGAAGCGGUAAACUGAAAGCAGUUGAAAUGUUCGGACUACUCGGAAAAACUAAACCUGUGAAAAUUCGGGGUUACAGUGAAAACAGAAAGUACGGAGUUGCCGCGAAAAAUGUGAAAGAGCUGCUAAAAAAGAGCUGCAAGCUGCUACAGUUGCCCGUCUCUGGUGCUCAUUUGUGUUUGUAUGAGGACGGAACGAUCGUGACAGAGGAGUUCUUCCGGACUUUGGCAGACAACACUGAACUCGUUCUUCUGUCUAAAGAGCAGACGUGGAGCGGAGUUGCCUGUGACAUCGGUCAGUUGCUGAACACAGACCGGCAUGCUGAUGGCCUCAUCGAAGCGGCAAAGGCACUGCUCUCUGAUGAGAAAUCCUCCAAGAGGCGCAAAAUCCUGACCGACCUGCUGCACAACCUGAAUGACAACUCUGACCUGGAGAGCAGAGAGGAAGAUGGAGACUGGUUCACAGGUGUGGACGCUCGAUUCAAAACAAAGUCAGCCUACAUGAAGUUUAACUGUGAAAGCAGGAUACGAGGCUACAUGAAAGAGUUGGAUGAUGCCACCAAGACCAUACAGAAAGCUAAAGUUAGGACAGAGUUUUUGAAAACAUCAAAGUGUCUGACGGAAAUGCUGAAAUCAGCCCGAUACAACGGCUGCUACUUCGACAGGACCGAAAAGGAGCUUCAUCGCCUUUGCACCAGGGAUGGAUGGUUUACCUGCCAGGGAUCGUUUGACCAGACAGUGUGCCAGACUCUCCACUCCAUCAACCCCUACGGCAGCAGAGAGAGCAGGAUCGUCUUCAGCACCUGGAAUCUGGACCACAGGAUUGAAAAGAAGCGGACGGUUAUCCCGGCUCUGUUGGAAGCUCUACAGAAUCACAAGAGCGCCGACGUCAACUUGGACUACUUCUACCAGCUGCUGUUCACCAGAGAAAACCUGAAGCUGGUGCACAUCGUUUGCCACAAGAAGGGACAACACAACCUGGAGUGCGACCCAAAGAAGAUAUUUAGGAAUGCCAGUGAUGCAAAGAAAGCAAAACGGAAGCCCAACGUGAAGAAACGGCGCUUGGUUUGAGUGUUUUUAUCUCUUUAUGGAACAUUUGUGUUCGUUUCUACGAGCUAUUGAUGAAUCUGAUGAUCACCUUCGAGCACAAAAGUCAGCGAACGAGAUCACAGCAGGAGGGAUGAGGUGGCUUCACCUCGUUAGCGCUGUAGUUUUAUUAACCUGUUAUAUUCCUGAGCCAGCUUCACCUGUUUUAUAUUUAAAAACAGCCCCUGAAACCAUGAAAAACAUUUAUUUAUUCUUCAUGUUGGCAUGGCAAUGAAAAAUACACGAAUCGAUUACAAAGAUGACUCAAUGAACGAAGCAUUCACUCAGUCAGAAAGUUGCAUAGGUGAUGUGAAAAGCAAUUUGCAUAAAUAAGGCAGUAAAAAUAUAUAUAAAAGAUUUGAUUGGAUGGUCAGAAUAAUCAACUUUAUACAAAAUAGGUGAGAAUAGCAAAAGUGCAAUCACUGUUAACCUCUAGGUUAGAUGAUUAAAGUACAUUUUCAGUCAGGAUUAAGUCAUUCACUAAUUACUCCCAGACUUCAGUGUUUUUAACAAUACUCUGGUUUUUGUAUAUAUUUUUAUAAAUGUGAACUCAUCAGGGAAAGAGAUUAGCUGCAUUGAUAUGUGUAUAUACAGACAUAUGUUAAAAAAAGCUGCCAAACAACUGAGCACACGCGUGUUGAGGAGGAAUACCAGACACUUGGUGAUUAAUGACUCCUAAUGAAUAAACUGUUGACAUGACAUUCAUCUGAAA